AAAAAAAUAAGAAAAAUGUAAAGUGUCAAAAAUUAGAUUCGUUUUUGCCGAUUACAAAUUAAUAAAAUUAAUUAGAUUUUCGUCUAAAUAUUCUAAAGUUCCAUGUUUAUUGAUUUUCUUAAGGCUUUAGUACACAUAAAUUGAAUACAAUGUCCAUAAACCACGUGCAGUUUGAAAUGAUAACAUCAUGUGAGCUGUGAGCACAGUGCGUCCUAAAUAAUUUCUACGCGUCGACCAUGUAAUAAAAGUAUUGCAGUUAUUUAUAAUGAUGGGUAUCACCCAUGUCUAUAUUUUUGUGAUCAUCACAAUUAGAGCUUUGUCUGUACAUGGUGGUGAAAAUAUUGACGAUGUUGAUGCGUCGUGUAACGCCACGGAAGCCGCUCGAGUCGAAUAUGAAUACAAUACCGAUGUAGUCAACAGUGAGCACAUAAUAACGUUCAAAGGUUAUUUCUUCAGAGCAACCCGAAAUAAUUAUGUUGCUGCGGCUUUGAAGAACGCUGGGGUUUCAAAUUGGACAAUAAUUCAGCGUAACAAUCCGGCUAAGGAGUUUCCUAGCGACUUCGACGUCAUCGUCUUGGAAGAUGAGAGGAGGCGCGCGCUAGACGCCUUGCGGGAUCACCCGGCUGUGAAGAGAGUCACCGCUCAAAGGCAGGUCCAGCGGACCAUCAAAUAUGUUCAGGAGGACAAGUGUGGACCUGCCGGGUGCGUUUACACGGGCUGGAGGAACCACCGAGCGCGCGAUCUCCAUUCGCUACGACGACUUCGCGAGAACGGCUACACGUCUCGGAAGCUUCUGAGGACGGUGCCGCGUCAGAUCACUUCAGUCCUCAAAGCCGAUCUGCUCUGGUCCCUCGGCGUAACAGGGGAGGGAAUUCGAGUGGCGGUGUUCGACACGGGGCUGGCCCGCCACCACCCGCACUUCGGGCGCGUGCGGGAGCGCACCGACUGGACCGGCGAGCGCACGCUCGACGACGCGCUCGGCCAUGGCACCUUCGUCGCCGGGGUCAUAGCCUCCAGGGCCGACUGUCUGGGGUUCGCUCCCGACGCGGACCUCCACAUUUUCCGCGUUUUCACCGACAAUCAGGUGUCGUACACCUCAUGGUUCCUGGACGCUUUCAACUACGCCAUCAUGCGGAAGAUCGACGUUCUCAACCUCAGCAUCGGGGGGCCAGACUUCAUGGACCACCCGUUCGUCGACAAGGUGUGGGAGCUGAGCGCUAACAAGGUGAUAAUCGUCUCUGCGAUCGGUAACGACGGGCCUCUGUACGGGACGCUCAACAACCCGGCCGACCAGAUGGACGUCAUCGGCGUAGGAGGCAUCGGCUUCGACGAUCGCAUUGCCAAGUUCUCCUCGAGGGGUAUGACGACCUGGGAACUGCCUCACGGUUACGGGCGCAUGAAGCCGGAUAUCGUGACCUACGGCAGCGGCGUACGCGGGUCCAGCGUUACCGGUGGAUGCAGGUCGUUAAGUGGGACGUCAGUAGCGUCGCCUGUAGUAGCCGGCGCCAUAGCCCUCCUGGCGAGCGGGGUGCCUCGUCAGCACCUCACGCCGGCCGCAGUCAAGCAAGCGCUCUGCAUCACCGCGCGCCGCCUGUCAGGCCCCAACAUGUUCGAGCAGGGCCACGGCAAGCUGGACCUGAUCAGCGCCUACCAGUUCCUCAGGGAGUACGAGCCGCAAGCGAGCCUGAGUCCGCCAUACAUCGACUUGACGGAGUGCCAGUACAUGUGGCCGUACUGCACGCAGCCUCUGUACUUCAGCGCGCAGCCAACCAUCGUCAACGUGACCGUCAUCAACGGGCUGGGCGUCUCUGGACACGUGAAACACGUGAAUUGGCAUCCCCACUUGCCGAAUGGGGUGUUGUUGGCGGUGUCGGUUCAACACAGCGAGUUCCUCUGGCCCUGGUCCGGCUGGCUUGCGCUAAGCUUCUCCGUGCUAGAGAAAGGCGCUGACUUUGAUGGACUGGUCGAGGGCCACAUAAACGUGACUAUAGAAAGCCAUGGCGAUCUCGGAGACAAGACAAUGCGCAACCAGACCUUGAUGCUUCCGAUACGCGCUCGCGUGAUCCCGGUCCCGGUGCGGUCGCGGCGUCUCCUCUGGGACCAGUUCCACAGCCUGCGCUACCCGGGCGGGUACUUCCCGCGGGACGAUCUGCGCGCCAAGCACGACCCGCUGGACUGGCACGCGGACCACGUGCAUACCAACUUCAGAGAUAUGUACCGCCGGCUGCGCGAGCACGGGUUCUACCUCGAAGUCAUGGGUUCUCCACUGACCUGCAUCGACACCUCUCUCUACGGCGCACUACUGCUGGUGGACCCCGAAGACGAGUACUUCCCCGAAGAGAUGGCUGCCCUCAAGAAAGCCGUGGACGCGGGCAUGUCGCUCGUAGUCUUUGCCGACUGGUACAACGCGUCUCUGCUGCGGCACGUCAAGUUCUACGACGAGAACACGCGGCAAUGGUGGAUACCAGAGACAGGCGGUUCCAACGUGCCUGCCUUAAACGAUCUUCUCAGCAUGUAUCAGGUGGCGCUAGGCGACCGGGUAUUCGAAGGCUCCUUCAAACUGGGCGGCCACCCGAUGUACUACGCGAGCGGGACACACAUCCACAGCUUCCCCGAGCACGGGACUCUGAUCACGGCACAGCUGAGCGACCAAGGGCACCAGAUAAUGACGGGUGAGAAGCCUAGUUCGGGCCCGGGCACGCCGCCGUCUGGCCCAACGGUCGACGUGCCUAUAUUAGGCCUGCUACAGACAGACGGCGAGACCCGCGACUACGCUAACGAUACCAUCGACAAGAUACCAAGGUCCGGUCGCCUGGUUGUGUACGGGGACUCUUCGUGCUUAGAGGGCGGCGCAGCGAGGCCGUGCCACUGGCUACUUCUGGCAGCGCUGCAGUACGCUCUUGGGGGCCACCUGCCUUCCUCGCUCAAGGAGGCUGCCCUACCCGCGCAGGCCCGCGUUAAAGACGUGCACAUCAUACCUUCAGGUAAGCACCAGCUGUGACGUGCCACUAGAUACUUCUAGCAGCAUUGCAGUACGCUCUUGGGGGACACCUGCCCUCCUCGCUCAAGGCGGCUGCCUUACCCGUGCAGGCUCGCGUGAAAGACGUCCAUAUCAUACCUUCAGGUAAGCACCAGC